UAUAUAUAUAAAUAUAUAUAUAUGUAUAUAUAAAUACCUUUUUUUUUUUUAUUUCUCUUCUUUACUUUUUGAUAUAAUUUUUUUUUUUAUAUUAUUCUUUCUCUUCUUUAUAUAUAUAUAUACUAUACACACAUAUCACAAUGACUAGUACACUUGAAAAGUAUUCACAACAGCAACAGAUACAGCAGCAACAAAGCGCCACUCGAUCAUUUUGUCCAUUAAUUCUUUACCAUGACCGACCAUCGAAAGAGUUAUCAAUUAAUCUAAAUGCGAAUAAACAUAACAACCGCACAGCCAUCGAUCGCCAUCGAGACAAGACCAAUGAAAUGCUUGAACACAAUGCACAGUUUUGGUCAGAGAAAUCUGGACUUGUUGAUGAUGAAGCGGAUUAUUCAGAUAAAGAUAUCAAGGUAUCUCCUAGCACAAGUACAACGUCAAAUAUAAGCUCUUCCAGUUCUAGCUCUGGCGAAAGUAUUGCCACUAUUGACAUGCAAGGUCAGCAGCAUCAUAACAUUCGAUCACCUGUGAUCCAAACCUCACUUAGCAACCAUGGUCAUGUCGGACUUUAUUAUAACAACAACAAGGAGGAGGAGGAAGAAGAUGAAAAAGAAUACUAUCCAUUAUUACUAUCUAAACCAACCAAAGUUACUACUAUUCCAAGUGUAGAUGCUACUAAAAAAAGACGCCGAGGAAACUUACCAAAAGAAGUGACCGAGUUCCUUCGUAAAUGGCUUAUUCAACAUAAGAAGCAUCCUUAUCCCGCAGAAAAGGAAAAAGCUGACUUGGCGCGUCAUACAGGCCUAACAGUAAACCAAAUUAGUAACUGGUUUAUCAAUGCCAGACGUCGUAUCUUGCAGCCCAUGCUAGAAUCUGAAAAUCUUACUGCACAAAUGAUGGCAUACCCUGAUCUUGUUCCAUCCUCAUCAUCAUCAGGUAACCCAUCCUUUGAACCCCCACGUCGUCGUAGACAUGACUUUUACACUUAUCAACGCGACUUUGCUUCUCGUAAGUCACACAUCUCUCUCUCUUUUUCUUUGAUGCUAACUAUAAAAUAUAAUUUUAGCUGUAUCUCCGCCCAUGCAGCAUCACCAGGAACCCCCUCAUCAUUAUUACACUCCACCCAUCGAUGAGGAUUACCAUAACCAAAGAUUUAUAUUUCGUAGAACAAGAUUGAUCGAUACAAGUGAUCAUUAUCAUCAAAUACCUAUGCGAUAAAUUCCUCUCUCUCUUUCUUUCUGUCUCUCCUUUUCUUUCUCUCAUUUAUUGUCUAUACUACUAUUACUUAAUUAUGUGUACAUUCUAUAU